ACAACUUUAAACAAAAGACGACUUUAAAGAAAACAAACAUUAAUUAUUGCCGCGAAUUUCUAAAAACAACAAACAAACAACGGCGGGUGAGAUUGACGUCAUCGGCCGGGGACGGCUGCGGUGUCGGAGCAGAGAGAGGAUUAUUGGAUUAGAGGCUCAGAGAGAGCAGCUAGCUGCUAAUGUAGCACCGCGUCCGGACCCGGACUGAGGCUGCCACACACUUUAUACCUUAAAGAGAUAAAACCUUAUCUCAGAACCUUAAACAGCGUCCUAAUAACGGCCUUAUCUCAGAAACCUUAAAGUGCGUCAUAAUAACGGGUUAAAAGGCGGGAGACGGCAACGUUCACGAGCCGCAGCAACACGGUUUCCUUGACAACGGUGAGAGCGUCAGUGUCAGCUGCUGCUGUGGUUCCCAACCUGAGGGGCCGGGACCCACACCAGGGGUCGCUAGAGCUUCACAGGUGGUCACAAAGGUGUCCUCCCUGCUGUCAUCAUGUCGUCUGUGGAGUCGGGCGGCGACGGCGGGAAGUGGCUGGACGCUCACUACGACCCGGUGGCGGGCCUGUACACCUUCUCGUCCUGCGUGGACCUGGCGGACCUGAGCGGGGACGGGGAGAGCCGGCUGGUGGUGGGGGACCUGGGCUCCGGCUCGUCGGGCAUGAAGCUGAAGGUGUACCGCGGCACGGCGCUGAUGAGCGAGAGCACCCUGCUGGACCUGCCCGCCGGCCUCGUUGCCUUCUUCAUGGACCUGCACGAGCCACGUAUCCCCGCUGUCGCCGUGGCGUCUGGACCCUGCAUCUAUGUCUACAAAAACCUCCGACCGUACUUCAAGUUCACGCUGCCUGGCCUGGAGGUCAACUCACUGGAGCAGGAUGUGUGGCAGCAGGUGAGGGAGGGUCAGAUCGACCCCCUGACCCUGAAGGAGAUGUUGGAAAGCAUCAGGAAGAAGGCCGACGUCCCGCUGUCCGUCCGCUCGCUCAGGUUCCUCUCUCUGGAGACAGACGACAUGGACGAGUUCGUCCAGCUGCACAAGCAGCAGCCAAUCAGACGGCAGACAGUCAUCACCUGCAUCGGCACUCUGAAGAAGAGCACGGCCGAUGAUGACGGCGUCAGCUGUCUGGUGAUCGGCACAGAGAGCUGCGAAGUUUACGUCCUCGACCCCGAAGCCUUCAUCAUCCUCUCCAAGAUGUCGCUGCCGGACGCUCCCACCAUGAUGGACGUGACGGGUCAGUUCGACGUGGAGUUUCGUAUCACGGUGGCUUGUCGCAACGGGAACAUCUACAUCCUGCGCAGGGACUCGGACAAACCGAAGUACUGCAUCGAGCUGUCGUCCCACCCGGUGGGUCUGGUGAGAGUCGGGAAGAACGUGGUUGUCGGCUGCACCGACGAGAGCCUGCAUGGCUUCACGCAGAAGGGGAAGAGGCUGUGGACCGCCGUCCUUCCCGCUCCCAUCACCACGAUGGCAGCCAUGGACCUCCCCACCCGGGGCUUCCAGGCGGUUCUGGUGGGCCUGGCCAACUGCGAGGUCCAGCUGUUCCGGGACAAGAACCUGCUCAGCACCAUCAAGACCCCCGACACGGUCACCAGCAUCUGCUUCGGCCGGUACGGGCGCGAGGACGGGACCCUCAUCAUGACCACCAAGGGAGGCGGCCUGAUGGUGAAGAUCCUUAAAAGGACGGCAGCCUUCGAAGACAGAGACAGCGCCCCCGGGCCGCCGCUGGCCCAGAGUGUGCGCCUCAAUGUGCCCAAGAAGACCAAGCUGUACGUGGACCAGACGCUGAGGGAGCGUGAGAACGGCGUGGCCAUGCACCGCGCCUUCCAGAUGGACCUGAGCCGCCUGCGUCUGGCCUCCGCCAAAGCCUACGUGAAGGCGCUGGAGUCCAGCCUGACGCCAAUGUCCUCCAGCCUCAGUGAGCCGCUCAAGAUGAACGCCGUGGUGCAGGGUCUGGGCCCGUCCUUCAAGCUGACCCUGAACGUCCAGAACACGGCGGCCUGCCGGCCCGUCAUGAACCUGGCCAUCAGCUUCCUGUACGACGAGAGCCUGUACAGGAUGAGGAACCCGUACAUGAGGAUCCCGCUGCUGGUGCCUGGACUCGUCUACCCCGUCGAGACCUUCGUGGAGUGCACCAGCGACAAGGGCAUCUCUGACAUCAUCAAGGUGUUUGUCCUGCACGAGGGGAAGAGCUCGCCGCUGCUGACCGCCCACAUCAACAUGCCCGUCAGCGAGGGACUCACGCUCAACUGACCACCGCCCCGGACCCCCCCAGAGUUUAUAGUUAAGGAUGUAGAGUCGGGGUCUCCAGCAGUUCCACACUGACUCAGCGUCCUCAGUAACCCCAGAACCUCCAUAUAGCUGAUUAUUAAUGCUAAUUAUGCUAAUGAUGCUAAUUGUCCAGCAUAUGCAGGUUAGCAUCAGUCGGGGGGGCGAUAGAGGAGUGAAGCUGUCGGCUCCCCCUGCUGACAGCUGCAGGUAUAAAGUCUGCAGUGUCAGAUCUGUGAACAUUGUUUAUACAUUUAUGAUAUAUUGAACAUUAUUGUGUUUGAGCUCUCAGGUUACAAUCACUGCAGACAGAAGAGUCUUUAAUAUUAUUGUUAUUAUUAUUAUUGUUAUUGUUAUUUUUAUAGGAUGUGUUUGUUCAGUGUGACGUAAAACAAAAGUGAACAGAAUUCAUCGCUGUAAAAAAUAAAGACUUUAUUUCA